UUGACUGUUGAAUGUUUCCCAAAUUGGUUUAGGAGUGGAUCGCCACAGCGACAUCAAGUGGUUCCAUUUGCUGGCCAAAUCGCUCUUUGGGGUGAUAAUCUUUGUCACCAUGAGGCAGUUCUUUCAAGCCAGAGCUUUGAAAAAACAGCGCGAGCAGCUGGCUGCAGCUGUUGGUGAAGCUGAGAAAAGCCUGGAUGACUCUUUGACCAAGUCUCCAGUUCUAGAGCAGAUCCAGGCAGUAUGUGUGCGAUUUUUUGCCGUUUGGUGGAUAUGGCUGGUAAUCAUCAGCAUGAUCUGGAUGGACUUCUGGAGCACCAGCAAUUUGUUCAGGAUUGCAUUCGUUUGUCUCGCCUUUCUCUGCAUUCUAACAUUUCAAAUCUGCCCUUUUAACUUCUGGAAAAAAUUCCUGCGCGUGUAUUGGUGGAUAGUGAUUAUUUAUGCCAUGGGAAACUUGUUUGCCAUCUACUUAUAUCAGAUAAGAGUUACCAGAGAGGUGAUGCAUAAGUAUAUUUCGAAGAAACUAUUUAAAAGUUCCGGCUUUUUUGUUUGGCGCGACCGCAAGCAAGUGACAGCAUCCCUUGCGAAUCCGCUCUUCUUUCAGAUUGCUGUGGUCAUUCAGCAGAAUUACCUGCAGCAAGAUUUUGACAGAAUCACUUCUCCAACUACCCAAGAGGAGCUGGAGAAGGAGCGGGAGAAGUUUGCUCAAAGGGGUCCAAAAUGGGCCAAAGUGACAAACUUCCUCACAGACACCAAGAAUGUUCUUUUCCAAAUCCUGGAAGUGCAUCUGCAGAAAAUCACACUGUUGGUUGGCUGGUGCAUGUGCGUUUUUGACAUGUGCGCCUUAUAUGUUCCCAUCGUCAUUCUUUUCACUGCUUCCUGCAUGUUUGGACACUCCUUUAACACUGUGGUGAUUUACUUGAAUUCCUGUUGGGUCCAGCUAUUGAUUAUUCUGCGCCUGUUGUACAUGAAUCAAUAUCAUGGCCAUGACCAGUGGAACUAUGUGGGCUAUUAUACAAGAAAUGGACACCCGUUUAACAAAACCCUUAACACAGCUGAUUGGCUUGGGUUCCAUCAAUCCAAACAUGGACUGGAUUAUGCGGAUUUCAGUCAAGUCUUAUUGUGCUUUCUGUAUCUUGGCAUGGCCACCCUCACUCGAGUGGUUGCAAUCUGGAUGAAGAACUUUCGAAUAUCCAGAAAUAUCCCAUUGAAUCAAACUCGCGUUUUAUUUCCUGACAUCACCUACCUGAACUGCCACGAUAAUACUGGGAAUAUGCUGAAGUUUUUUGCGAAUUAUGGGUUCUACCGGUUUGGGUGCGAGGUUUGCGCUGUAGUUGCCUGCAUAAUAAUGCUAAUAAGGAUGGACAUUGUCGCAGUUGGUCUCUCUUUUUGGCUUUUGCUCAUUUUUUCUUUGCGAAGAUCUCUGUUGAGGAUUGUUUGGCUGCCCACCAUUGUGUUGGCCGCUUCAGGACUUGUGCUUCAGUACUUGGCUACAUUAGGCUGGUGGCCUUCCUAUUGGAACCAUUCCCUCACAAGAUAUUGGAGCUCGACCGACUUUCUCUUGAGAAUCCAGCAGUUUUGCCAUUUUCCCAACAUGGCCCAUCCCCCAAUAAAAGAGAAGCUUUCCCUUGAUUAUCUGCUGCUGCUCUUGCUGUGCCGACAAUGGCGAGCCUUCCAGCGGGAAUGGAAGAUCAAAAGCCGGUACUCUGUAGCUGGCAGGAACAUUCAUGUUUUCGAUUUGUUUGAGGAUCCAGAAAAUGAAAAUCCAGUCCCUGAUUUUAUGACUUACACCAGGAGUUACUUGGACGCAGUAAAAAGAAUAUUUUUCAUUGCCUGGUUCUACGUGUCUUUGAGCUGUACCUUCUUGGCUGGCACCCUAAGACCUACCAUUUUAUCCUUCGGUUACAUUGUUGGGGCCUUUAUAUUUGCCUGGGAAGGCAAUUAUUUCUUUCUUAGGCCACCAGAAACCAUCAUGAGACGGUGGAAUGUUCUCAUUGCCUAUACAGUCCUGGUAAUGACCACUCGCACAGUCAGCCAAAUAUUUGGCUGUAUACUGAUAUACGAGAAACUUAUUCCAAUUAACUGCACAGCAUAUCAAAUUUUCACCAUUGGUUGCGUGGACAAGUUCCAUAUGACUGACGGCGUUCCAAAUUUAACAAAAAAACCGGCCUGCCAGGCAGAUUUUGACUCGUUGGGACUGGCCUAUGACUGCAUUUGCUUCUUCUUUCUCAUUUUUCAGCAACGCAUUUUCAAGAGCUUUCACUUCUUCCAUAUCAUCAACGACGCGAAGGCUCAAACCAUCUUGGCCGAUAGAGGUGCCCAAUUGAUCGAGGACGGAAGGCGCAAGCGGAAGGUCGCCUUGGAUGUGGAAGACAAUCAAAUAAAGGAAAAUAUCAAGAAGAAAAUGGACAGAAUCCGAGCGACGCACCAAAAGGUUCAAGGAGAGGUCUAUCAAAGACGGCGGAAGAACCAUAAAUACAUGCUGAAUUCCAGCGACUAUUACCUGUUUGAUGAUGCGGGACUUAGCAAUGACAUUCCACUUUUGCCUAUAAAGCAAGCUCAAGAUGACACUGAGUUAGACCCCUACGACCCCCAGCCACUUUCGGAGUAUCUCAGUUUGUUCCAUUCGAGCAACAUCAAUUCAGUAUUGGCGGAGCGAGAAUUGCGUAGGCGACAGAAAAGGGCCAUCAAAAACGGCAAAAAUCCUGGAGACUUGAGGAGGGAUGCAAAAAGUCCCAGAGCUGGAACUAGCAAAGAUCCGGAUUUUGUACAAGGCACACUUGAGGACUGGUUGAGUUGCUCUUAUCAUUUGUUUGUUGAUUUUAGAGCGGAAGUCCAAGUGGCAAAAAGUUGUUGCAGUUUUAGUUUUUCUGUUGGGUCUAGUGGAAGGCUCCAUCGUGAGCAUCACUGGACAUCUGAAUCGGUUAACGAAACCAUUUAG